CAUUGCGGCUCUAGUGAAACAGCAGAAGGUGCGAGCGUUAUUCUAAGCGAACAUUCGUUGACAUCUGCCCUUAUAGCCGGUCCUGUCUUGCAAGUACAUCGCAUGUAGGCUUCCAUGGUCACUCUGAAGCUACCGAACUAUCAACACGUGCUCUUUACAAAGAGUAUGUUUCAACCACAUCCAUGUAUCUUGAUGCAACACCAGAGGGAUGCCCUCUUCUUCCUCAUCAAUACAAUCGUCAUAUUCAUAUUUUCGCAUAGCAAGCUACUACAGGGUAUCUGAAAGCAGCGCUCUGAGUUUGCCCUGGACUAUAAACCAAAG